ACCACGAGAGCGUCAAGGUUUCAAUAUGGCAGACCUCUCUGUUACUUUCAGCUUUGGAGUGUAUACCUCCGUCACUUUCAGUGUCAUCUUAGGAAUUUUCCCAUUUUUAAGUAGUUAGCAUGUGAUUGUCUGAUUUAAACAGGAUGUCCUCUGUAGCUGAUCUCGACGAAGCUACAAACCAUGCAAUCAGGACGUGUAAAACUAAUCAGAGCAUGAUAGACUUCACAGCAAAACAGCUGAAUGGCUUAAGAAUUGAAUGUGCAACAACAGAGGAAAUUACCCAAACAGAGAUCAAAGAUACUGAGAGCAAGUUGAUUAAGCUGUUUAGCAACCAGCUUGUGGCGAAGAGAAGACUUCAUGCCGAUGAGAUUCCACAGUGUGUUUCAGAGUAUCCACGUGUAGAGCAAUGGCUAUCAGUUGUUGGUCUCAAGGAGGAGAUAAUCAAUAAUCUGCUGCAGCGUAAAAUCAUAUUUGAUGAGCUGCUCAUUAUGACUGAAACAGAAGUACAGACACUACUUCAGCAGUAUGGAGCAACACAGCGAGCAAUCCAGACCCUUAAUACCGCCCUUGCCAAUCUAAAAUUAUGCACAGAAAAACAGCUUUUAGGAGAAAAUGUCACUCAGUGUGACUGGCACUUUACAGAUCUAGCUGGAGCAUCCAGGUCAACGUCUAGCAGUCCUAGUGGUGGUGGGUCUGCUGCAGCAUCAGCAUCAACUGAUGGACAUGCCUCCCCUAAGUACCAGCAGCAUUACUCAGUGUCCUCCCUUCCAUCCAAUUUCACUGCAGCAGAGGAUACUGUGUCAUCAAACUCUGUUGCCACAUUCUCCAUUUCGGGGUCCAGUAAUUCUUUUGACCAUGCAAACAGCAGUGUGGACUUGCACAGCAAACACCGUGAGCUGCAAUCAGCCCCUCACAGCACCCCUUCAUCACCAGUGCUUUCCCCUCACCUGCUGUCCAACAAUCAGCGCAGCACCCCACCCUCAACCCCUAAUGCAAGUCGUGUCAAGACUGUAAGUGUCACAAAGUAUCCCAGUACCCCUCCCCCAAAGAAGAAAAUGCUGUUGUUUCCAGAUGCCCAGCCCAUCACUAAAAGCAAAUCUCAUGAGUCACAGCUUGCCAACCGAGUGGUGGACAUUGACCCUGUGAAGAGCAAGAAGAAGUUACAAACUAUGAAACAGAGCAGCAGUCAUGAAGCACUGUUCAUGAGGCGUCUGUCAGCAGAAGGGGCCGAGAUGGGGGGAAUAAGUGUGUGGGGAAUGCCUGGCCAUGCUUCACCCGUCACGUCCUCCCCCAUUCGUUCUCCACCUUUUAAACAUGAUUCCAGUGGUGGUGAUGACACUGUUCGCUAUGGUCAUUCUUUGACAGUUCCUAAGUCCCCCAAAACUCCCCAGACGAUAUACCAAAAAGUUCAUCAUUCAUCACAACAUAGAUUCACCUCCAAUUUUGUGCUUGCUCCCUGUGAUCUUUGUUUGGCAUUUGUGAUACGAGGGAAGGUGUGUAAAUACUGCAAAAAAAAGUUCCAUAAAGACUGUUCAAACAAGACACCAUCAGCUUGUGCUGUUGCGGAAGAUGGUGUGUUCGAUGGGACAGAUUCACCCCACUCAAUGCGCCGUACAACCAAUCCCAAUAUCAUGUUACCAGGAGAGGAUUUGAUGCUGAAGCCCAACAGUUCCAUGCCUAACUUUGCCGGCUCACUGAUACCAGACUCAGGCUCCAAUACAUCAUCAUGCAACUCGUCCACUCCUUCCUCACCUGCACUGCAGAUCUCCUCUGGCACCACCACCUCCCCCUCACCUGCCCCUGGCUCCCCUACAAUCUCUCUGACACAGUUCCGCUUUCCAGAUGUGGCAGGAAACAGCAGAACAUCAAGCCUACCAGCUGAGUUGGAAGUGCUUAAUCGGGACAUCACUCAUGGAGAUGAUGUCGUAAGCACCAAUACCUCAAAUGACAGUGACAAGACAUUGAUUGAUAGCAAUACAUCGGAUCGCAUUCUGCUGGACAGAGUGGAUUCGGUGGACAGUCAAGAUGAUCCUUUGGGUCACAGUUGGAACCGCCAGAACAGUCUGGCUGCAACAAUGCGAGAGUGGGACAUUCCAUAUGAAGAUCUUAUUAUUUCAGACCCAAUUGGUGUCGGAAGAUUUGGAACUGUGCACAAGGGCCACUGGCAUGGAGAUGUUGCCAUCAAAGUGCUGCAUCUGGUGAAUGAUGCUGACUACCAGGCGCAGUUAGCAGCCUUUAGACUGGAGCUUGCACUACUUCGCAAGACCAGGCAUGAAAACUUAGUGCUGUUCAUGGGGGCAUGCAUGAAGCCCCCUCGCUUGGCCAUCGUCACGAGUUUCUGUAAGGGUGAAACACUCUACACACUUAUCCAUGAGAAGAAGGAUACAUUCAAAAUCAAUAAAGCCACAAUCAUUGCCUCUCAGGUGGCUCAGGGGAUGAGCUACCUGCAUUCACGCAGUAUUAUCCACAAGGAUCUGCGGUCUAAAAAUAUCUUUAUAGACAGUGGCAAGGUUGUCAUCACUGACUUUGGCCUGUUUCAUGUUACCAAGAUCUGCCGUGGCAAUAAGAAAGAUGAUUGGCUGAGUGUGCCUCGUGGCUGGUUGUGUUAUCUUGCACCGGAGAUUAUUCGCGCUCUCAAAGCCCUUCAACAUGCUGAGAAAGAUUUACCUUUCACCAAGAUGUCAGAUUUAUAUGCUUUUGGUACUGUGUGGUAUGAGCUGUUGUGUAGUGAGUGGCCUUUUAGAAGCCAACCAUGUGAAACAGUCAUCUGGCAAGUCGGUCGCGGCUUGAAGCAAUCUUUGAAUACAGUGAAUGCUCCCCGAGAAGUCAAAGACAUACUGAUGUCUUGCUGGGCUUUCAGCCCAAGUGAACGACCUGACUUUACGCAGAUCACCAAGGCACUAGAGAGAGUACCUCGCACACGCCUCAUUCGCAGUCCUUCUCAUCCAGUCCACUUGUCACGCAGUACAGAAGGAAUUUUUCAUGCUUGAUCUUGCUGCUUAUUUGCUGUAUCACCAGUCUUCUCUAGCUUUUACAUCUGCUUGAUACUAAGGUUCAGCUUACGGCACAGGUUGCUUGCUGCCAGGCUAUGCAGGACAUUGAUCUGGUAGUGUGACAUCCUGUAAGAGCUGACAGACAUAUGCAAACUGUAGUUUUAAUAUCAGCUGUCAUGGACAAAAUAACAGGACAGAGCAGAUGGUCCCUUCACAGGGGAUGUUUGUCUAAGGGCAAUAGGUCUCCAGGUGCAGUUGUCUGGGGAAUGGGGGGAGUCUCCCUGCUGUUCAGAGUAGGAAUGGAGGCUUUUUUAAACUAGCAAAGGGGGGAGGGAGAGUUUUCUUGUAUUUUAUAUCUUCCAGUUGAUGUCUUGAUGUUCUUAAAAGGAGAAAGUGUCUUCUGUGAGAAGUGUCUGCAAGCAUGUAAUAGGAUAUUGACGUAAAGAAUUGUGAACCUAUGAGGACAGGUUGCAUGUUCUCUGGAAUGGUUGAAUUACCAUAAUUAUGCAGGCAUGUGCGCUGCAAAUGUGGUUUGUAUGCAGACAUUGUUUCUAUUUAGCUGUAUUUGUAUUAUUUCAAACUGCUUGCAUGUGGCCCCCAUGCAUCUGGAGACACAGGUGGGAGGAAACACCACCAGCUUGGAAUUUUCUGUGAUUUUACCUGGUGAAUUGCCAGGGUUUUCACCUCUGUGCUCAAAGUCCAUUUUUUCAUCUGUACCUCCCUUGCAGGUCUGCUUUCUAAUAACCUUUAAAGCGUGCAGCCUUUCUGCACAGCAUUUGUAUGGCUUUUUUUUUUUUGCAGAGCAUUUGACUGAAAGAGUUACACCCCUGUUACAGAAGCUAAAAGUAACCACUUUGUUGCCUACAAACAUGAAACUGAGUGGUAAACAUGCAUUGCUAGUCUUUGAAGAAAGUGUACUUAUGGGGGUCAUCUGUCAAACUGGCAGUUUGCAAUUUAGAUACACUGGGUGUAUUCACAUACAGAGGUCAUAAGCAUCAUCACUGAUCUAAAGUGUGUAGGCUGCAAGAAUUGUUGUGUGUGAUUUUUGCAUGUAAAAUGUAUCUUUCCAACUAUACAUGGCUGAUUCAGUCAAACAGCUGUGCCCUCAUCAUUCAAGUUUGUGACACCUUUUUUUGUCAUGUACAUUAAAGCAUUUAUUGUGAUGACUUAAGCAGAAAUUGUGGAUGAAGACACCAGUCAUCGGACAGGAGUCUCUGUUACAGCCCCAAAUUAGCAUUAACAAACCUUGUAUAAUAUUGAUGUUACUAUAAAUGACAUGCAAUUUUUUUUUUUAAGCAGUGACAGUUGUGUUACUGGCAGUUGCUGGAAUAGCCACUUUGUUGCCGAAGCGUAAACUACGAAAAUAAAACAAGAAAAAGUAUUACCUCAGCAGCUGGCACAGGAAAUAUAUAUGGUAUUCUAUCGUGUCUUCAGAAUUAUGAACUCACGAAGUGUGUGCAGAUCGAAGCCAGCUAGGUAAACAAUGGACAGUUGAGAUAUUUGCUUUCAUGAGUGACAGCUAGAAUCAGCAGCUGUGGAACUGUGGCAGGGCAUCUUUGAAAGCAAACGGUCUGGUCUGUGGAUUUCGCAUUUUUGCCUUUUUUUUUUUAGGAAUCUAUUUAUGUACCUAACUUAACUGCUGAUACAAUGUUUAAAUUUAUUAUGGUCUUGCUGGAUUUUUUUUGUCCCUUAAGCAUCAAACGAGAUUUCUAUGCUUGCCACUGGAUAGCUGUAGGAUUCUUGUCUAUGCAUAUUCAAGAGUCCAUUCGCACAAGAAUUAUCAGCAUUUUAUUUUGUAAUUAGAUGUCUCUUAAAUCUGUUACUUUUUUUGAGAAAGAAAUUUUAUUGAUUGAGUUAAAGAUAUAAAGAGAAUCAUGAUACAUUUUUUAAUGAAAUUAUUCACUGAUGGAAAGAGAUUUCUGAAAAUAAAGAUCCAAAUUCUUUACAAGAAAUGAAGCUCUGUCAAAUUUGCAGAGUUGCAACAAUCUUUAUCCUUUCUCUGUUUUGCCCCACGAUUCCACGUGAGAUUUAUAACUUCAUUGUUCUGCCGGUGUGUGAACACUAUAUGUUUGCAGUCUGUCGAACCAAACCUUUUACCACCAUGUAACUGCAAGAUUUUCUUGUGAUCUUUUCCCCCUUAGUCAGGGUGGGUAAGACCUGUUGAUGGAUAUCAAGUGAUCAGGACUUUUGUGAUUUCUAAUGCACUAUGAUUCAGAGCUUUCGUCCUGUAGCUGUUGUAUCUGUACAUUGUGAGAAGUCCUGUCUGGGUGUAUUCUGUUGGUGUGAUGUUAAGAAUGACUACUUGAUGCAAAAGAAAAAGAAAACUGAAAGGAAAAAAA